AUGCAAAAUAUAACUCGAAUAAAAAAAUUACCAUUACCGAAUUUUUAUACUUCGCUUCUUAAAUACAAAUUUAACUAUGACGAAUUCGUUAAAUUAUUUAACGACCGGCUUAAAAUUCUAAAAGAUGUAAAAAAUAAAAAUCAUUGCACCGAUAAAAUGUUUACUGUAGAUGAUGAUUCUUCUCAUUUUAUUACACGUUUAAUAGUAGUAGGUGACAGUAAAGCCACAAGAUGGUUUAUAAAUUGUGAAACAAGUCUUUUUAGAUAUCGAAUAAAAAACAGGGAAUAUGACUAUAACUUUAAAAUUUGUUUACCAUCUUGUAGUAAUAGUCUAAAAAUUGAUCCAUUGUUUUCUACUAGUACAAAUUAUGACAUUAGUUUUAGCGAUAAGCAUUUCACAAAUCGUGAAGAUUUGAGAACAGAAAGUAAUUUUUUACACGUUAAAAAAUCGAAACAAGAUGAUAAAUUAUUGGUACAUUUUAGCAGGGUAAGUCAAUUACUGGCCAAUAGAAGCAUUAUUCCUAUGAAGGGUUAUACGACAUUAGAUAUUAAACAAAGAGAUGUAUUGAUAGUUAGCUAUUUCAAGCAUGAGCUUGAAAUAAAAAUGCAAAGAUUGAAAAAUUUGUAUCAAAAUGAACCAGAUGAAAGAUUAGAUAAAUUACGAAACUUAAUUUAUAUUAAUGAACCCACUAAAUUUACUGAUAAAUCUAGUUGUAUAGAACACGAAAAGUUCUUUCCACCAUGUAUUACUAAAAUGUUACAUCUUUUACGAAUAAAUAGGCAUUUACGAAAUAAUGACAGACAAGCCUUAUCUUUAUUUCUUAAAGAUAUAAAUGUGCCACUAGAAGAAACUAUUGAAAUAUUUCGAAAUGGAUUUAAUGUCACUAGAGAUAUAUUUGAUAAAACUUAUUUAUAUAAUAUUAGACAUGCUUAUGGAUUAGAAGGUAAAAAAGCUAAUUACGCGGCGUAUAAUUGCGCAAAAAUGGCGUCUUUAAAAAAUAGUCAAAAUAAAAGUAUGUGUCCUUUUUUGGACGAUAAAGAAUUUAUUAGCUCUAAGUAUAAAUUUGAUAUAGAAGAAGUUUUUAUAAAGACCAAGUGUACAGAAAGAUGUACUAAAAUACUUGAAUUUAGCAUCAAUAGCCAUGUUGAUAGUGUUAUUAAUACACCUUUACAAUAUUUUAUUACGUCAAAAAAUAAAAAAAAAAUUAACCAAUCACAUUAA